AUGAUCAAAGCUCCAACUCAUAAAUUCAUUGUUAGCAAUUAUAAAAUCACAAGGUUUCAUCAUGCUCUUCCUAAAGGACAUGUUCCACCUUCUGGACCAUCGCACGGUUGCAGUGUACCACCUUGUGGAAAUCUACAUAGUCUAAAUCCACCAACUGAGGCGAAUAAUAUGUUUAGAGAUUGUGUUUACAGAUAUGUUUUGAAAAGCGAAAAGGACAAGGAUGCAUUAUAUCCGGAUUUAAGAAUCGCGACUUUCCUUUCUCUCUCUAAACAAUCUCUCUCUAAAACCUACAGCCAAACCCUCAGCACACUUUUCACUGUAACAACAAGAUCUAACCCUGAUACAAUCUCCGUGGAGGAACAAGAGAAGGGUUUGUGUGGAACGUCAGAAUCCGCAAUGAACCAUGAGGAGAAAGUGGGGGCCCAAACCCUAGAAGGGUCUGUGGACUAUGGGGGUGAGGUUCAGAUGGAGGGUUCAUUCUCGGAGGCGUUGGUUGGAGAGGGUGUGGAUUGUAAUGGGAAGGAUGUAAUGGUGGAGGUUUUGGGCUCUGAUGUGUACAUAGAUGGUGUUUGUACUCAUGGUAAUGGUGCUGAGCUUCGUGGUGACGUGGGUGGUGGUGGAUCAGUUGAGGGUUUUCGGGAGGAUGUGUGGUCUGGAACUCUAGGUGGUGAAGACUCUCAGGGCGCAGAAUCUGAAGAAGGUAGGAGUGAGAAUGUGGCAGUGGAAGAAGAAGGUCGGAGUGUGAUGAAUAUGGCAAUGGAAUUGGAUAAUACGGUGUUGGGGAGGGAAGGUAGAAAUGAAGCCGUAGUUGGUAGGGAAGUUGAUGCUGCAUCUUUACAGGAGGGGGCUGUUUUCGAUAAUAGAACUCAGAAAGAAGUGGGGGCUGUGGUUAGCAAUAUUGAAGAUCCUAUUGUGGUAAACAUUGGGGUUGAGUGCGCAAAUGCACUGGAUGCGGGGGCCUCAGAUCACGAGGUGAUAAAUAGUAGAUGUGAUGAUGCUUUAAGAGGCCAAUUAACAGGUAGUUCUGUAGAAGGAGAGAAUGUACAGAGUGGAUGUGCUGAACAGGAUAAUGAAGUCACAAGAGACGGAGAUGAUGUGACCUUGGACAAAGAGAAGAACAUUGCUAACUUGCAAAGUGAUAAAAUAUUGGAGAAAGAAGAAGAAUAUAUCAGCAACAAAGUUGAAUCUGAGGAAAAGUUAAAUUCAGAUGUUGAACAACCCAUGGAGAUUAGUAGAGUUGAUGAUGACUCCAAUAAUGUCCUAGAAGAAGUGGUUGACGGAACUGAAGUUACAAUGGAUGAGGCUACUCCGACUUCUGAUGAAAAGCAGUGGUUAAGAAAAUGCACUGAAAAGGAACAGACAUCUGAAACUUUACAGCUUAGUUCAGAUACAGGGCAGGGAGUUGUUGAUAAGGAUUCAACAGAAGAAGUGGUACUAAACAAAAAUGUUUCUGAUACUGAAAAUUGUGGUUUGUCUAAGGGGACAGAAGUAGAAGCCGAAGGUCAAAUAGAAUCAGAAAGUACUGAAACAAUGAACCACACUUCAUUUAUUGAAGAAGACACUCAAAUCGCAGACCAGGAUAACCUUGCACUGAUGGAUGCUGGAAAGGAAAACGUCCAUGAUGAUAUUAGAGAAAAUUUUGAAGUACAAACUGGCAUUUCUGAGCAGGUUGGUUCAAAUGGAGCUCAGGAAGUUGAAGAAUUUUUUGAAGCUGAACAGAGAAAAGUAGAGGGAAGAGUCACUAGACGUUCAUCAUUAAUGAGGGCUGCAAAUUCAGAAAUAUCUCAUUAUGCAAGAUAUUUGCUGCCAACAGAAAAGGAAAGUGACUUUUCUGUGUCAAAUAUGGUUUGGGGAAAGGUGAGGAGCCACCCUUGGUGGCCUGGACAGAUAUUUGAUCCCUUAGAUUCGUCUGAGAAGGCAAUGAAGCAUUAUAAAAAGGACUGUUAUUUGGUAGCAUAUUUUGGGGAUAGAACAUUUGCUUGGAAUGAAGAAACUCAACUAAAACCUUUUAGGACACAUUUCUCCUCUAUAGAAAAGCAGAGCACUUCAGAGUCAUUUCAGAAUGCUGUAGAUUGUGCUCUGGAUGAAAUCACAAGACGAGUAGAAUAUGGGCUGUCAUGUUCUUGUAUACCUAAAGAUACCUAUGACUCAAUUAAAUUCCAGACUGUAGAAAACACUGGGAUUCGACCAGAAUUAAGUGUUAGACAUGGAGUUGAUGAAUCUCUAAAUGCCAGCACCUUUUCACCUGAUAAGCUUGUAGAAUACUUGAAAACACUAUCUGAAUUGCCAACUGGUGGGUUUGAUCGAUUGGAGCUGGGGAUCGCUAAGGCUCAACUGCUUGCAUUCUAUCGCUUCAAGGGUUAUUCUUGCUUGCCAGAAUUACAAUAUUGUGGAGGUUUUGAUGAUGACAUGGACAGCUUAAUUCAUGAUGAUGAGAAUAAAGUUAUUGAUCAUGCAGCUCCUGUAAGUAAGAAUGAUGGUCAAGCUGGUUCUGGAAAUUUAAAAAACCAAAACAGCACUCGUCGCAAACGGAAACAUAACUUGAAGGAUAUUAUGCAAGAAACAAAGAAGGAAAGAAGCUUGUCUGAACUAAUGGGUGGGACUCCGGACUCUCCUGAUGGUGAUUAUUGGUUCGAUGAGAACUUAACUGAUAAUCUUUUUUCACCUGGCCGGUCCAAGAAAAGGAGGACUGUUGAUCACUAUGAUGAUGACUUUGGGAAGCAAGAUGGAAGGAAAACAAUUUCUGUUGCAAAAGUUUCUAAUACCACAAAGCCAUCAUUCUUAAUUGGUGACCGAAUUCGCAGGGUUGCUAGUAAACUUACUGGUUCACCCUCUGUGGUGAGGAGUUCUAGUGACCGGUCUCAGAAGACAGAUGUUAAUACUGACGGUAUUUCUGUGAAUGGAUCUGAUGUUUCCUUUGAGGAGGCUCAGAGGUCAAGUAUGGUUGUUCCAACAGAGUAUUCAUCUCUGGACGAUUUGCUAUCUUCACUUUAUUUGGUGGCACAAGAACCCCUUGGAGACUAUCGCUUCCUGAAUCCUAUUGUAAGCUUCUUCUCUGAUUUCAGGGAUUCUAUAACUGUGGCUGGUGAUUCUGUAAAAGAUAUCUUUUGUACAGAAAAGGUUGGUACUAAAAGGAAGAAGCCGCCCAUAGCUGGAUCGUCUGAAACAUUUGAAUUUGAGGAUAUGAGUGACACAUAUUGGACAGACAGGGUCAUUGACAAUGGAAGUGAAGCACAACUGGCACAAGCAUCACAACCAACACAACCAACGCAACCAGCACGGAGAAACCGGAAAAAAGACCAUCAACAUGUUUCUGCUGAGCCAGGGAAGCCUGUUCAAAUUAGUCGAAGGCCCUAUUCCAGGAAACAGUAUUCUAACAGCAAUCAUGUUGAGGCUCCUCAGAAACCUGCUGGUUAUGUAGAUGAGAAUGCCCCUGCUGAACUUGUUAUGAACUUUGCUGAGUUAGGUUCUGUUCCAUCAGAAACAAAUCUUAAUAAAAUGUUUAGGCGUUUUGGACCUCUAAAGGAAGCCGAGACAGAAGUUGAUACAGUAAGCAGCCGGGCAAGAGUGGUUUUUAAAAAGUGUUCUGAUGCAGAGGUUGCUUGUAGUAGUGCUCAAAAGUUCAACAUAUUUGGUCCAAUACUUGUGAAUUAUCAGCUUAACUAUACUCCAAGUGCAUUGUUCAAAGCUUCGUCUGUUGCAACAACACAGGACCACGAAAUGCAUUUUGAUCUCUCCAAUUUUGAAGUUAAUCUUGGGAAUGUUGAUGACGAUGUGGUGGCAAGUUUGGCUUUGCCUGAAUGA